AUGAUUUCAGUCGUUGAAAUCCCGAAGUUUGGAUCAACAAUGGAAUCUGUUGAAAAAUACAAUUGUUUGGAGAAUACGAGAGAUGAUGGAGUUUUAUCGGAAAAAGACAUUCCAAGUGCUGAAGAUUCUACAAAUGAUGUAACAUUAUCUUUGGACCAAGCUACAGGUGAGGACAGCAGCGAAGGAAUUGCUGAGGAUACUGAUAGCCAAGAAUGUCUCACUAAAGAAGGGAUUCAGAGACUGAGCCACGAUUUGAUGGAUCUUUUCUUGCCAAACCUUGAAUUGGCGAAAAAAUCUCUCCAUGAAUUGACCCAGAAUCAAAAAAUCCUGAUCGAGACUGUCCAGCAGGAAAAUGCCAAAUUUGACGAGUGUUCUUCAAAAGAAAAACUGGGAGAAAUUUUGUCCAAUGCGAAGAAGUACCAUACCAAAUUGUUAGGCAUCAAAAAACAAAUGGCUCUUCUCCAAGAAAAAUCUACCAAACUAAAGAAACGAGCGUUGCGACUCCAACAGCAGAAACAAAAAGAGGAACUGCAGAAGGCUCAGCAGCAGGAGCAGGACUUGGAACGAGAACAGAUGCUUGUGGCUAAGGUGAUGACCAAGCAAUUCCUUGGGAGAAUUCUCUCUUUCUUCUUUCUCUCUCUCUGGUUUUUCUUCUUUGUCUCUCUCUCUCUCUCUGGUUUUUCUUCUUUGUCUCUCUCUCUCUCUCUCUCUUUUUUUUCUUCUUUUCUCUUCUCUCUCUCUGUUUUUUUUCUUUUUCUCUCUCUCUCUCUCUCUGUUUUUCUUCUUUCUUCUUCUCUCUCAUCUUUUCUCUUUCUUUUUCUUCUCUCUCUCUCGUCUUUCUUCUUCUUUCUUCUCUCUCUCGUCUUUCUUCUUCUUUCUUCUCUCUCUCGUCUUUCUUCUUCUUUCUUCUCUCUCUUGUCUUCUUCUUUCUUCUCUCUCUCUCCUUUUUAA